AGGGUGCUGGGAGUAUCCUUCUGAAUUGAGGUUGGGAGCUUCUCAAUGUCGAGUCCUAAGAAAUUUGGAUUUCCUUGGCCGGAAUUCAACGACGGUCUCUCCUACCACGACGUCGUUUCACCCUCUGAUGCCGGGUUCACUCUCAUUCAAUUUUACUCCACCAAGUACAAGAGUUCUGCUCCAUUACUGGGUUGGUUGCAGCGUAUAAAAAGUGAGCAGAUAACAGUUGAUGGACAAGUUGCUACUGAUCCCGACACAGUCCUCAGAGUUGACUCAAAGCUAGUCUAUCAUAGACUUCCAUGGAAGGAACCUGAUGCACCACACCUGAUUGAAGUCUUGUAUGAAGAUGAUGACAUGAUUGCUCUAAAUAAACCUUCUGGCCUGCAAGUUCUUCCUGGAGGUCUCUUCCAGCAAAGGACAGUUUUAACACAGCUUCAAUGGAAAGCCAACAAUCAGGGUACCUUUGAAAUGCACAAAAAACCUCAUCCUGUUCCAGUACAUCGCCUAGGGAGGGGAACUUCAGGAAUUUUAUUAUGUGCAAAGACAAAACUAGCCAGAGGUCGUCUGGCAUCUUAUUUUGCUGAUGGAACUUCCCAUAUUGGUGGAAAAAGAGAUACAAACCAGGAGCUUGGGAAGAUUGCAAAGUUAUACCGAGCACUUGCAAGUGGGAUAGUUGAUAAUGAUAAGGUGACUAUUAAUCAACCAAUUGGAAUAGUAAAAUAUCCUGGUGUUGGUAAAGGGUUAUAUGUUGCUUCUCAAUCAGGAAAACCAGCACUCAGUGAAGUUAACAUUCUAGAGAGAAACAUACAAGAAAACAGCACAUUGGUCCAGGUUAAGAUUCAAUCUGGACGGCCACAUCAAAUCCGCAUUCAUCUUUCUUUCAUAGGCCAUCCUCUGUUGGGCGAUCCUCUUUACAGUGUUGGUGGGCAACCUAAAUGCUUAGACUGUGAGUUUAUAAACGAGAGUUUUGCUGAAGAUGGGGGCUAUCAGAGGCCUGCCCAACCAGUUCCUGGAGAUUGUGGGUAUUACUUGCAUGCACAUAAAUUGGUUCUCUCUCAUCCAAUAACUAAUGAGUUUAUUGAAAUCAUUGCACCCCUACCUUCCAUCCUCCAGACACCAGACGAGAUUAAGGAAAUUUCUAUUAUGCACCAGACUGCUCAAGCUGUGGAAGUUGGUUGACUAUAGAGAAAUGUCUAUGCUCAAGCUGUAGAUUUCAGAAGAUACUCAACAGAUUAAAGACAAAAGUUCUUUCCUUUAUUUCAUUUGGGCAAAAGUGGAAAUCUUGGGCAAUGAAUGAUGGGUAACUAAAUUUGCGAAUAGGACAAACCAUGGCACUAGGAUUAUCUCAAACCCAUGGAUUCUUUUUGUUGCCGCCCAUAUGCUUAUGCCUAGUAUGUGUUCAUAAUCGUUGAACCUAGUAUUUCUAGUGUAUUUAGUUUAUUUGGUGUUCAAAUCAAGUAAUUUACAAUCACCUUUUAAAAAUGCUUUAAAAUCAUUUCU